CCCUCCCGAGGUCUGGUGACCGGCAGACUCCACAGCCAAUGAGAACACACCAUCUGUAAACAUGGCGUCUGACUUCAGGUGGAGAUGUGUAGUUCUCCUUCUGUGCACAUUUUUGCUUUUUAUAUUAGCGACAGACACCAAAGAUAAAGCCAAGAAAAAGAAGGAUAUCCGAGACUACAAUGACGCAGAUAUGGCACGGCUUCUGGAACAAUGGGAGGAGGAUGAUGACAUUGAGGAAGGUGACCUCCCAGAGCACAAGAGGUCUUCACCUCCCAUCGAUUUCGCCAAGGUGGACGCCUCCAAGCCAGAAGAGCUGCUCAAGAUGUCCAAGAAGGGCAAGACUCUGAUGGUUUUUGCUACAGUGUCAGGGGAUCCCAAUGAGAAAGAGACAGAAGAGAUCACAGGCCUGUGGCAGGGCAGCCUCUUCAACGCCAACUAUGAUAUUCAGAGGUUUGUGGUGGGCUCCAACAGAGUGAUCUUCAUGCUGCGGGACGGCAGUUUGGCCUGGGAGGUCAAAGACUUCCUCGUGGCCCAGAAACGCUGUGGGGACGUUACCGUAGAGGGACAAGUUUUUCCCGGGAAGGCUGCCAAGGAGGAUGAUGACAAAUACAAGCGGCAGAAUAAACUCGACACUAAGAAGAAAAGCAAGAAGAAGACUGAGAGCAAGAAGCCUGACUUGGAGGGCAACAGCGCUAGCCAUCUGAAACAGGAGCUGUGAUGGAAUAACAUGGAGGGAGAUGAAGAGUCACAAGUCCCUUUUCUUCUGGCCUCAGACAUGCUUAUUCUGAUGACCAAUCUGUGAGCAGUGAACUUGUGAGGCGCUGCAGGAGCAAGUGAAGAUGCAGUGGUUCAGAGUCCGUGGUAUGUGUGAACUAAUAAGUCCUGUUGGGUGAAUUAACCUUAACUGCUGAGCUGGUAUCAUAACUCAGAGAUUUAUUGUCUAUUCUCCACCUCCCGCUCUCCCUCAUUGGAACAUGUUGCAUUGACAAAUACAUUUCUGAAAUCCUAUCUUUUCUGUCAAACAUUUCGAGCUCUUUGAAAUAAUUGCUGCCUGGUUUCUUUAGUUAUUUCUUGUUGUUAAAUCAUCACCAGAUGAAAUCCAUGGUAAGCAUUAUUAAACCUUUUAAUUUCUUUCUGUUUCAACAGCUAUGUUUGGUACAAGAAGUGACUUUUGGUGUAGACAUGGGGUCAUUCAUCAGACCUGUUAUGUUGUCUUUGUUCACAUCAAGCAGCACUUCAAGAUUUGUUGCAAAAGUAGCAUUUUCUGUUUCAUUUUUCACUGAAUAUGAAAAUAAAUUGUUUUUAUACAAUCAUA